GUUGUUGUAGGCAUUGAUUCUAGAUCUGUUGUUGGUGAAGUUCGUUGUUGUUGAAAGUGAUUCCAGAUCUACUCUUCUGAUGGCUCUGUGUUGAUCUUGGCAGUAAGUGAGAUGAGCAUCUUAAGAUGCUGAUACCACCACUGUCCCAACUUCGAUGUAUUCAAAUCAGCUUGCCUGUAUUCCUGUUCUUCCUGUGUUGUUGGCUGGUUGUCAUCUGGAGGCUCUUUGGGGAAAUGAAUAUGUCUGCAAAACAAAGAAGCUGUGUUUUUAACGAAGACCGCUUCAGUGGACUACCAGAUGCCAUCCUCAUCCAUAUUCUCUCCUUAUUGCCAUCAAAGGAUGUUGUCAACACAAUGUUAAUUAGAAGAUUUCAUCACCUCUGGCCAUUCAUCCACACACUCAAUUUCGAUCAAUGCAUGUGGCCGGGGCACAUAUGUGGCAGCUAUGCUCGAGCUAGUCGCCCAAUCUAUGAUGAGAAGUAUGUUAACUUUGUUCGUCAUGUGCUUCUUCUUCAUAAGGGCCCAACUAUUCAUAAGUUCUGCCUUAAGUUUCAUUUUAGAUCAUUUUAUGAAUUUUGGCAAAGAACAUCCGGCAGAACAGACAUAUGGCAUUAUGAUUUCCUGAGGAGUGAGAAAAGGAUGGCUAAUGAAAUUGGUGCCUGGAUCCAGUUCGCACUAAAUAAGAAUUUGGAGGUCCUUGACUUGUCUUUCUAUGAGCAUGGUACAGAUCAGCCACAAGCUUUUUAUGAUCUGCCUAAUUGUGUUCUAAGCAGUCCUCAUUUGGUUGAACUCCGGUUGACAUACUGUAAGAUAAAUUUAAAAAGGAAGAGUGAGCUCAAGUCUCUAAAAACAUUAUAUCUUGAUAAUGUUAUGCUAAUGGAUCAGUCAAUGAAUUAUAUUCUAUCUGGUUGCCCGAUGCUUGAGGAAUUGACGCUGCAGCUUUGCUAUUGCCGUAGAAGCGUGGUUCUGCUCAAUUCAAAUUUAAAGACAUUGAAGCUUGACAUUAGAUGGUUUCAACCAAGGAUACAUGUCUCCUGUCCAACUCUCCUAUCAUUCGAUAUGUCUGGAGCUGUGGAGGUGCUGGAUAUUGCAAAUGUAGCAUCUAUUGCUGAAGUAUCUGUCAAGCGUAAUCUAAUAUUUGACUUCAAUGAGGACAAUAAUUACCAAAACUUGAGAAUAUUCCUCCAAACAUUUAGCAGGGCCAAAACUCUGAAGCUAUGCUCCUGGCUUGCUCUGGCAUUUUCUGUGUGGCAGUUGAACAAUCUACCAUCUCCAACCUUCAGCUGCAAAUCCCUUCAUCUUCAAUUGGAUUUUGUGAUAUGGCACCUACCAGGAAUACUGAACUUGCUGAAGCACUGUCCUUGCUUGGAGAAUCUUAUCAUCGAAAUUACUUCUUACGAUGGAUUUACACCCUAUAACGCACUCUCCUGGAUUCACCUAUAUGAGUUUGAUGCUGGUGAAUAUCGGAGUAUGGUAGAUGUUCCUGUCCAGUGCUUGAUUGAUCACCUCAAGACGGUGGAGGUAGCUGGCUUCGUAAUGGAGAGACAGAUGAUUCAGUUUCUGGAAUAUUUGCUCGGGCAUUCCAUGGUGUUACAGAAAAUGAAGAUAUUUGCAAAAAAGAAAACAUCUGAUAAGGCUCAUGAAACCUCUGACCCAAAUAGUCUCAAGUCUGAUAAGGCUCAUGAAUAUAAAGAGAGGCUUCUGAAUGCACCAAAAGCCUCUGCCGCUGCUGCAGUGUUCUUCUACUGAGGUGAACCCUUCAGACGUAUUUAAUUAGAUGCUUUUAGUUCGAACAGUUUGUUUCUGGGAACUCUCUUGCAAUAAACAGUUAGCUGUUAUUGUUAUAAGUUGUAAAACUCCUGAUAACAAUAUGCACAAUGAAUUGUGCUGUGGACACAGUUUCCUGCAUUUUCUGUAAUAACUGUUGAACGGUUUUCCUGUUGGAUGUUAUGAAGUUUUUCU